CUUUUACCAUCAUCUUACUUUAAGGGAUCAAUGCCUAGAAAUCAUAGUGGAAGGAGUAGAGAGGCUCGUCAGUUAAAACGACAAAAAGAAGAACAGGAAAUUCAAGAGCUGAAUGCUCAAGUAAGUGACUUUUCCGGGGAUGCCACGCAUUUCUUUGAUUUACCCAUUACACAACCCACAAAAAGCGCUCUGAAAAAUGCUCAUUUUACUACUUUAACAGAUAUCCAACGACAGGCAAUUCCUGAAGUCUUAAAAGGCCGAGAUGUUUUAGGCGCAGCCAGGACUGGUAGUGGUAAAACGCUGGCGUUCAUUGUUCCUUUAAUUGAAAACCUGUACCGUCGUAAGUGGACCCAAUUUGACGGCCUAGGUGCGUUAAUUAUCUCCCCUACGCGUGAGUUGGCCAUUCAAACUUUUGAAACUUUGGUCAAAGUAGGCCGUCUUCAUUCCUUCUCCGCUGGUUUAAUUAUUGGCGGUAAUAAUUAUAAAGAAGAACAGGAGCGUCUUUCGCGUAUGAAUAUCCUUGUUUGUACCCCAGGAAGGCUUCUCCAGCACAUGGACCAAGCAAUUAACUUCGAUACCUCAAACUUGCAAAUGCUCAUCCUGGACGAGGCAGACAGAAUUCUGGAUAUGGGAUUUAAGUCCACUUUGGAUGCCAUCGUUGCCAGCUUACCCAAGGAGCGUCAAACGCUUUUGUUUUCAGCUACUCAGACAAAGUCAGUUCGUGAUUUAGCUCGUUUGUCUUUGCAGAAUCCUGAAUAUAUUGCUGUCCACGAAAACGAGGGUUCUUGUACUCCUGAAAACUUAAAUCAGUUUUACCUGAUCUCUCCUUUGACUGAAAAGCUUGACAUUUUAUUUGGUUUCAUUCGCACUCAUUUAAAGAACAAAUCUAUCGUCUUUCUUUCAUCUUGUAAGCAAGUACGGUUUGUUUUUGAAGCCUUCCGCCGUUUACGUCCUGGUAUUUCUUUGAUGCACUUGCAUGGCAAACAGAAGCAAGCUUCUCGUAUCGACGUUACUGCAAAGUUUACGUCGUCUCAAAAUGCUGUCUUGUUUUGUACUGAUAUUGUCGCAAGAGGGCUUGAUUUUCCAGCUGUAGAUUGGGUCGUACAAUUGGACGCCCCAGAAGAUGUUGAUACCUACAUUCACCGAGUGGGUCGUACAGCCCGUUUUAAUAGGGGAGGUAAUGCUUUACUUCUAUUACUCCCUUCCGAGGAGGUUUUCCUUAAACGUUUGGAGUCUAAAAAGAUUCCGGUAGAACGUAUCAACAUCAAAGAAGGAAAAAAGACCAGCAUCCGUAAUCAACUUCAAAAUCUGUGUUUCAAGGAAAAUGAUAUUAAAUACCUUGGACAAAAGAGUUUCAUUUCUUAUUUGCGUUCUGUAUAUUUGCAGAAGGACAAGGAAGUCUUUCAGUUUAAUAAGCUUCCUUUUGAGGCUUACGCAGAAUCUCUUGGUCUUCCCGGUACUCCCAAAAUUAAAUUUGGUGCUUCUCGGAAAGGUGCUGCUGAGCCUGCAGAAGAUCAAAAAGCAAAAUUGGGUCCUGGCUCUCCCUCUGAGUCUUCGUCGGAAAGUGAAUCCGAAGACGCUAAUCAGCUCAAGGAUGUUCGGACUAAAUAUGAUCGCGUGUUCGAAAGAAAAAAUCAAGACGUAUUGGCUCCUCAUAGACAAAAGCUUGUUGAACGUGAUGAAGGCGACGAUGAGGAUGAAGACUUUUUACAAGUGAAGCGGGCUAAUCAUGAAUUACCCGAAGACCAUGCUGAAGCCGAAGAAAAUAAGUUGAUUAUAAACUCUAAACGUAAAGAAAAAUUGGCUGCGUCUAAAAAGGCUAUGCUUAAACAUAAAAAGGGACCAGACAAAGUUUUCUUUGAUGAGGAAGGAAAUGCUGUACCUUUUUAUGCUGUCAAUACAGAAGAAACUUUCCGUAAAUCUGGUGAUCCUUCACUUUUGAUUCAAGCACACUUAGCCGCUGAAAGAGAUGCGCUAGAAAAGGCGGAUGCACAGGACAAAGAGACUGUAAGAGAAAAACGCCGUGAAAAGAAAAGAAGACGUCAAGAACUUGAGCGUCGUGCUGAAGAAACUGACUUCUCUUCAGCUGACGAAAAUGAGGCCGUGGUCGAAACUGCUGACGAAGAUGCUAGUAGAGUCGAUGAAGCCGUCAGUGAAAAGCGUCCAAAGAAAUGGUUUGAAGACAGCGAUCAUGAUGAAGAGCCAACUAAUGUCAUCGAGGUUGAACAACCUACUUCUCUCGAAGAUCAAGAAGCCUUGGCUCUUCGACUUAUGGGAUCUGCUUAAACUAAUUGGGCUAAAAAAGGACUCUUAAAUUUUAAAUAUUCUGUAAAUUAUUUUUUGGUUAUUCUAGGCGCCUAACUUUAAAAAAACAGUAAUCAUGAAAACGAAUCAUAUUUUUCCUAUGGUUUACUUUAAUUUUUGGACAUACCGGUUUAGAGGGGUUUUAGAUAAAUUCAUUUUAAUGCAAUAUUUUUAUGUCUAAAUUAAAUUAUAAAUAACUUGGGAGAUUAAGUUGGUUAAAUUGUCCGUUUUAUCAUCAUAUAUUUUCAAG